AACUUUGCAAACACAUCUAACUCUAAACCUGUUUCCGGGUUGACGUUUCUCUUUCAGGUGAAAAAAUUCCCAGAAGACGAAUGUUUCUCUAAUGAAUACACGUGGAAGCUUGUCACUACUGCAGUACCAGACGCGAUUGACGGAGCAAUUCUUAAAAUUACAACAUCUCGCUGGAAAAGUCUUGAUGAUCUUGGGAACGUGUACAACAGCAAAGGAUAUCCCGUGCCUAAAGGAAUGCACCACUGGAGAUCAGAUGUUGAAUUUGGGAAGCAGCGUUUGACGGGAUGUAAUCCGGGAAUAAUACGACUGUGCACAGAAAUUCCUGAAAACUUUGCUGUAACCAAUGAAAUGCUCCAACCGUUACUUGAACAAAUGACGAUAGAGGACGCUAUUAAAAAGAAGCGGUUGUUCAUUGUAGAUCUCAAAGUGACGAAAGAUAUUGAGUGCACAGAGCAAGAUAGAAAGAUUUGUAGUCCUAUAGCUCUGUUUUUUGUUAACAGAGAGUCGACGUUGUUACCUGUUGCAAUCCAACUCUUCCAAGACAAAGCUGAAGACAAUCCGGUAUUUCUUCCGACAGACAAUGAGUACACAUGGAUGAUUGCAAAGAUGUGGUACAACAACGCAGACGCGUCCUAUCACCAAUCAGCUUCACAUCUGGGAAUGACACAUUUACUUGUGGAAAGCAUAGCAGCGGCGACGCACUGUUGCCUGUCUCCUUCUCAUCCCAUAUUUCGUCUUCUAGCGCCACACUUUUUGUAUCUUAUUGCAAUUAACAAAAUUGCAUUGGUAGCUCUCAUCGAACCAGACGGUUGGGUGGACAAGGCUAUGACCAUCGGUCGGCUUGGCAUGUUUGAGAUUGUAAGACGACGCUUUAAAACAUGGCGACUCGACGUUGACGGAACAUUUCCGAAGGAACUUGAGUCUCGUGGUCUUCAUGACCCGGAUGUACUACCUAAGUAUUACUUCAGAGACGACGCGCUGUUGCUUUGGCACGCUAUUUCUAAAUAUGUCACCACUGUUGUGAAUGGCCACUACAAUAUACCAAUUAAAAUAUCGGAAGAUUUUGAAUUACAAGAAUGGCAUAAGACACUAUCGUCACCAGUUGACAAGGGAGGGUGCGGCAUCCAAGGCAUACCAGGGGAUGGCUCCUUCAAGACUGCAGAAGAAAUCAUACAAACUGUCACAUCUAUGAUAUUUACUAGCAGUGUGUCUCACGCCGCGGUAAACUUCGGGCAGUAUGACAACUAUGGUUUUCCACCAAAUUACCCGGCAUUCAUCAACGGAAAACCGCCUACUAAUAAGGAACUCCAGGAAUUGAAAACAGAGGAGUACGUACUGAAGUCCUUGCCAAAUAAGGAGACAACACUGAGCAUAAUGAAAAUUACGAGUCUUUUAAGUACGAAAGGAACCAAUGAAUUGGGUCAUUUUGAGGUCAACUACCAAUUUGAUCCUGUGGGUGAAAAAGCUAUUGACCAAUUCAUAAAGGAUUUGGCCGCUGUCGCAGCAACCAUCAAUAAGCGGAACAAUGUUAGAGAGUCGGAGUACAAGUAUUUGGAACCGAAGGAUGUACCAAAUGCUAUUAGCAUUUAAUUCCACAUAAGAAAGGAUACUGAGUGUUAAAAUAUGUUAUGGCGAGUGUAGGGGGUUAGAAUCAACUCUUUGCAGCCUAUAAUAUCAGCUUGAUGUUCUUUGAUUGUUAAUGUUAUGCACCUUGCACAUGUAUUUUAUUACAUUAUUUAAAUUUUGGUCCUGUGCCGAAAAUGUAUGUAAACAAUAAUAAUACUAAUUGAUUUAUAUUUUUCAGAUAGGUUGUGGAAUGCAUUUUAUUUUUGUUUUUUAAACUAUUCUUUUACUAAAUGUUGAUAUUGUACAUUGUGGUAACGGUUGGUACAACGGUUGUGAAUCAGAAUCGAACCCUCGCUGUGCAAGUUAACAUUUUUGCCCUUUUGGGCAAGACACUUCAUUAACCUUGCCUCUUACCCAGAAGUUGAAGUGGGUAGCUAGAAAGUUCGAGUGCGAAAUGCACUGAUGUAUUUCGUGCAGAACACUAUGGACUAUUUUCUCAAUAGGCAUUGUUCCAUUGACUGGGGUAAUAAUGUGGAGAAAUAAGCAGAGACGUAUUUAUAUUACUGUAUAAUGUAGCUGAUAAUUUUACAACCAGUAUUGGUUAAGUGAUGUGUGAUGUUCAUUUUUCUUUAAUUUUCGAAAACUCAAACAUAUUUUUUCUUCUUUUUUUAACUAACUUUCGUCCCUCUACGAGCCUAGAACAUGAAAUCAAACUAAGCAUCAUCCAGUAGCGUCUCUUAGGAGUCUUGAAAUGGGGAAGGGGGCUGAUGGAGUGGGAGAUCUAUGAUUCGAAAAACAUUUUGAUUUGAUUUUUAACUACUUGACGCAACCCUAGAUGAGCCCCAAUAAUAAUAUAAAUAUAUAUGUUGCUGUUGAAAAUUAAGUUGUAGUAUUUUAAAAUAUCUUUUCAAACUUCUGUUGGUAACAUUUCGUUUUAUUUCAACAUUUCAUAUAAAAUGUUACAUAUACAUUGACAGUUGAAAAAAAAAGGCAAACAUUUAAGAAACAAUGGCAAAAAAGACAUUUCUCUCAAACCUAAAUUAGUAACAAUGAAGAUAAAAGCCAAAUAAAGUCAAAGUUUGUAUCCAUCAAUUUAACCGCUGCUAAUUUCUAAGUGUUGAAAAAAAUUGUUAUCGCCAAUAAUAGGACUUAACGAAGUUAGAAAUUUUGUAAUCACCAAAUAAAAAAAAUUAAUAUUGUAGUUACUCUAUCACACAACCAAAAUUAUUUGUAUGAUACCGUGAAGGAAUUUUGAUCGCACCAUGGUGGUCAAUAUCUUUAUAACAUUGUAUAUAUCUAGGUAUGUAUCUAUCCAUCAAUAUAUCAGAUCGAUCGAUUUAUUCAUUCAUUCAUUCAUCCAUCCAACCAACCAUUCAUUCAUAUUCAUUCAAAUAUAGAAUUACGUCUUAUUAUUAUUAUUAUUAUUAUUAUUAUUAUUAUUAUUAUUAUUAUUAUUAUUAUUAUUGAUAACAAUAACGCAAACUAACUUAAUUUUAGAUAAUUAAUAACAUGAUGUCUUUAUUAUUUAUUCAUGAAAUAUUAUACCAAAUAAGUCUGAAUAUUAAUGAGGAAUACUUAGAGACUGUUUAAUAUUCCUAAAUUUAAAACAAACCUAAUCUACAGCACGUACAUUAGAUAUAUUUCGAAUCUAUAAAAUCUAAGUAAAGAUUUCUGCUGGUAGUAGUAUCCACAAAUACCACACACUUGAAAUCGCUAGUUGUUUAUAAAUACCUGUAUCGUGUUUAUUGUUAAGAAGGGUUUUUGAGGGGAUUUUUAUUUAAUAGAUGGGGGCGUUUAUUCGAGGGAGGGCUGUAAACUGUAAAUGUAAAACUGCAACACAUAAUUUCCUUCAAAAUGCGUUACUGCUUGAUCAUAAAGACGUAUUGAUCCCAACCAGGUACAAAAAAUAUCUACUGGAGUAGAACAUUAAUAGAUGAUGCUGCUUCCAUUAUAUUUGUUUACAGUCAAUUGUGGGGAGUGGGGUGUUAUGUAGUGUAGUAUUAAGGUUCAAUAGUAUUAACUUAAUGAAUAGUCUACCUAAAUAUAUAGAUAAUCUAUCAUACAAUUGGUCAUUUAUAACUUUACCCAGGUCAGUUGGACUUGACCUUUCUCAUACUAUGAAUCUAUGAUUGAAAGUUAAGUCCAAGUUAUGAAGUUUGUGAUAUAUCUUAAUUAGCAGCUUUUUGGUAAACAAGCUAUAAAAUCAUAGAGAAAGAAUUUAUCUAUGAUCCAAUCAGAAACUCAAAAAUGAUGGGGUGACUUAAUUUAGACACACCCCCAUUACCUUGAGUAUAAUAGGCAAACACCCCACAUCACUGACACAGAGAAUAUCAGAGAAGAUCAGUAGAAGUAUAGAUUAAGAGCUGACUCCACUCUAAAGGUUCUUAAACAUCUGAGAAACCCGGAGUUAGUCAAUUGUAAAUAUAUAGAGUAGUGAAUGCUGAAUAAAAUCUUUGCAGUGUACAAAAA